CAAGUAAUUUUUUUUUUUUUGUAAGAUGACAUUUUUCAAGUAAAUUGCAUAUACAUACCUAACUUUCCAAUAUUAAGAGAUUCCACACCUUAAGUUAAGCUUAUGAACAACUUGUGGUAUUUCUGGUAUGACCUCGAAAUCACCUUUUUGCAAUAUUAACUUUGCUUACACUCAAAACGAUAUAAAACAAAAAGAUUACAAACAUCAACUGAUAGAAAUGCAUAAUGCAUCUGUAUCUUUGAUAAUCAAUAGUUUAAUACUAUUACUGUAUUUACAUGCGUGUGUGUUGUCACCGUAGACCUUUUGGUGACAGCAAAUUGGGUUCUACGUCUGUAUGGGUUUGGUGUGGUCAAAUGUGCAAUUUUAAAUUAAACAAGUAGGAAAUUUUCAAUGAUAUUGUUGUUUCUUCUUAAAUAGUUUUUAACUAACCUACCUAUACAUGAUCACAAUUGCUCUGGUAAUCAUACGACCAUCCAAAAACAAAAUCUUAGCAAAAUAUUCUCUCAUCCAAUGGCCUUCCUUUAUUGACCAACCUCCUUUAAACUAAUUGUAGCUAUCACUCAAGUGUUCUCAUAGACCAAACACAAAACUUAUAUAUUGCUAGUAUUAAACUAGGAUUUGCACAAUAUUCAUAUGUAAGACUAUUAAAAUAAUGUUCGUAAAUAGUUGAAUUAUGAUUAACCAGCUGAAAAUUGUGUGUUCAAAUAGUGAAAUUGACCAAAAUGGCAAAAAGGCAUAAUUGCAAUUUAAUUGAUAGUUCCACAUCACCAACUCUGACAUUUUCUAAAGUUUUAAGGCCCGCUGUCUUUUAAAUAACCCAGCCUAUUUGAUGGAAAUAGCCCAGCCCGAAUGUAUGUUUAAAGACUUUAAGUUUUGGUUUUACAUGAUUCCACAAACUGGAGAAACCAAAUGCUUUACAGUGAGUUACAUGUUGUGAACAAGGAAGAGAAGAAACAAUCUCUGUUCAAAAGGUUGUUGUUAAGAGUUUGAAUCCUAGUCAAGAUGUUGUAGAUACUUGCUUCUCUCUCAACAUUAACUUUGUUCUGGAUCGAAGCUCAUUGCAUAUGAUCUUGAACGUGAAACGAUAAAAAACGUAAAAACGUCUAUCUAUUGGUAAUUGUUUGCGUAUGCAUGUUUAAGGUCAUGGUGUCAAAUCUGAGUGUAUACAUUUAAAUUUAGUAAAAAAAAAUUGAAAACAUUUUUUUUUCUUUGAUAUGCCCUAUAUCGGCUGAAAGUGAAAUGAAAAGCAUUUCGACGGUUGGUGUUAGUACUAUAAAGGGAAACCAUUUUCAGCUCCUUAUUUGUUUAUUUCCACUUAAAUGUGAAAACCCAAUGUUCUUGAGUCAUUUGAAUUCGGGGAACCAAAGUUGUUAUUAUGUAUAUUGGAAAGACGAGCAAACAUGGGGCCACACUGCUGUGAAGGAAUAAACAAGUCAGAGCAGCAGGCGUGUAAUUUGUUUUAAUUAUUGUUUUUUGUAGGUUUAAUCGAAAUAUUCCUGAUGGAGUGUUAUAAACUUAUAAUAUUCAAUAGUUAUUUUUAAAAAUCAACUCAAAAAUAUCAUUUGUUUACAUAAUUCCCAGUUUCUGCGAAAACUAUUACAUUUCCCUGCUUAGCAUGCGGUUCCCCAUUGAACACAGAACUUUGAGUAACUAACACUUCUCUGGUUUUUCUGUUCACUAAGAAAAUAUAACCCAAUAGGCAAAAAAAAAAACUUUUCAUAUAUAUAAUGUUCAUUGUGAGCUAUUGCAUGUAUCUAUAAAGAUGUAAAUUUCAAUAAUUGAUUAUAAACCAAUUUAUUUAUGUUAAACAUUAAGGUUGAAAAAUCUUUAUUUGAUGUGUAGAUUAAAUUAGCAUAUUUCAAAAAAAAAAAAUUGAAAGACAUUUAUGUAAAGUAGAAGUUGAUAAUGAUUGUUUUAAGGAAGAAUGGUCCCCAAGGAAAAGCAGGAAAAAAAAAAACAGAUGAAAUCAGAAAAGCCUGAGAAGAAAGUAAUAAUACAUUGUCUGUAAUAAAAACUAGAUAUGAAGAGGGCAUGCCUGUUCUUGUCUCCUACACCUCCUCUGCUUCCUCUUCUCCUGUCUUUUCAUUUUGUUCUUUCUGUUCGCCAUUUCUGUCUUCCAGAAUCGGACCCACCUUUAGGAAUCUUGAAAUAUUUUCGUAUAAGAAUCUCAGCUUCGUGGAUCGGAAGAAGAAAGAAACAGACCAUAGAAAGAAAGAGACAGAGAGAUAAUAAUGGUGAUGAAGAGAGACCUUAGAGUGGAGGAAGAGAACAUGUGUACGUCGCUGUUGACUGCAUUUUUUGUUCUCUCUAUGGCUUGUCUAAAACAUUUCUACUCUAUUUCUUAUUUAAUCGAACAAUGGCGUUCGUUAGUGUUUCUACUCCUCAACCUCGUCCUCUUAGCCGUUUACUUCACAUCGACUCGUCCUAUUUGCGGCGAAACUCAUCACAAUUUCAAGGCUCGUCGAAGAGGUACGUUGAGGAAGAGUAAGAAGGCCAAGAAGACAAGGGGAGUGGAGGAACCAGCUUGUUCCGUUGUCGUGGAGCCUAAGGAAGUUAUCAAGAACUGUAUCGUGGAGGAGACGAAAAGUGUUUGUCCCGAGUCCGAGGAAACUGUGAAAGAUUGCUUGCUUCACAAGGAUUCAGUAGACUUUCAUGAAAAAGAAGCUGAGUUUGAGCCAGGGAGGUUAUCAAACGAGGAGCUGAACGAGAGAGUAGAGGCCUUCAUCACAACGUUCAGGCAACAUUUGGUGCUUGAUGCAAGAAGAGGUAGAGACAGAGAAACUAACCAGAAGAUGCGAACAAAAGAGACUGACAUUAGCAUUUUAGGUCGGGAGGUCACUUGUUCUGUUUAAGAGUUUCUCUACAAAUUUUUUUGGCAACUGAUGUAAUGUCAUAAGAACACAAAGACUAUAUUGAAACAUGCAGCUUCAGUGUCUUGAUAGGCUUUUUCACUGAAGUUGUUCAGAAAUGAGAAAAAAAAGUUUGUGCGAGUCAA